AUGGGGAAUUUCAAAGGCCAUGCUCUCCCUGGAUCCUUCUUUCUUAUCAUGGGGAUUUGGUGGACUAUAAAGUGCAUUCUGAAAUAUGCCUUCAAAAAGCAGAAACGGACUUCUUACCUUGAUUCCAAAGCAUUAUUCCGUCGAAUUGAAAUGUUGGAAGGAAUCAUAAUAGUUGGAAUGGCUUUAACUGGCAUCCUUGGAGAACAGUUCUUUCCUGGAGGACCACACCUGACCUUGUAUGACUACCAAGAGGGUCAAUGGGUUCAACUCCUGAGCUGGCAGCAUUUUACCAUGUACUUCUUCUUUGGGCUGCUGGGUGUGACAAACAUCUUAUCUUCUACCAUCAUUUCACUUCCUGCCUCCUUUAGCAAGUUAAUGUUAUCAAAUGCCUUAUUUGUGGAGGCGUUUGUCUUCUACAACCACACUCAUGGCCGGGAAAUGCUGGACGUCUUUGUGCACAAGCUUCUGGUCUUGGUCAUCUUUUCGGCAGGCCUGAUUGCCUUCUUGGAGCUUUUCACGCAGACCAGUGUAACUGUGGAACUUCUGCGGACAAGCCUUAUCCUGCUUCAGGGAAGCUGGUUCUGGCAGAUUGGGUUUGUCCUUUAUCCUCCUAGUGGAGGUCCUGCAUGGGAUUUAAAGGAUCAUGACAACAUUAUGUUUCUCUCCAUAUGCUUUUGUUGGCAUUAUGCAACAGCCGUUAUCAUCGUUGGAGCAAUUUAUGCCUUUGUCACCUGGUUGGUUAAAUCUCGAUUUACGAGGUUCUGCCCCUCAGAAGUUGGACUCCUGAAAAAUGCUGGACAAGAACAAGAAUCAGAAGAAGAGAUGUGA